AUGUAUUCACUGUGUUUUCAUCACUGCGCCACAGAGAGCGUAAAAAACUUAAGCUGUGUUAUGUACCAAGUAAAGAUAGUAAUUAAAAAAAAGAUAGGUGUGCAAUUCUCUUCUAGCAAUACGCGAUAUCGAAAAAUAACUGUAAUACCUUUUGACCGAAAUGAGUUGAAGCUGCACUACAAGAACAUCCCUUUUGAUAUAGAGGACUUAGAUAAGAAAAGUAAAAGUGAAAUAUUACACAUAUAUAAAAUAAUUCGAAACCAAGAUGAAUUAAAUAAACUACCAAGUGAUUUUGUAGAUAAUUUAUUUGAGUGCACAAGAAAGUUUGUUCGUUGUUUCUUACCAUAUGAAUUUAUAAAAAUAUACAAGACGUUAAAUAUAAUAAAAAAAAAAGACAAAGUAUUAAAUUUAUUGUUACAUCAACAAAUAAAAAGAAUUUAUAAAAGUUUUGAUAUCACAAGCAUUAGUAAAUUGUUUCAGAUAUACAUUUUUACAAAGUCCAAACCCAUAUAUUUAAUAAAAAAAUUAACAGAAAAUUUUUUGAAUAGUAACAUUAAUGAGUGCAAGCCAUGGAAUAUAAGAGAAAUUAUUUCCAUUUUUUCUUAUUUUAACAUUCAUUCGAAAGAACAUAUUGAUAAAAUUUAUAAAAAAUGUAUCCCUGUAAUAGCGGAAAAUAUAAGGGCUUAUACCCCAAAAGACUGUACAAUAAUUUUUUAUAGUUGUGUAAAAAUGAACAGGCAAGGUAAUAUUCUCACCAAUGCUGUAGCAAAAAAUGUAAUUUUAAAAAUUAAAAAUUAUGAAUUUCAUCAGCUCGCAAUUAUAUUGAAUUGUUUUUCAAAAAUUGGAGAAAAAAAUAAUAAAUUGUGCAAAAUUAUAUGUGACAAAAUUAAAGAAAAAAUGAAAUUGCAAAGGAAUUCGACAUAUUCGACAAAUUUGGUUAAUUUGACCGGUUUGACGAAUUUUCAAAUUUGUGAUUACACUGCUGACGGUGUGAAAAAUUAUGAAGAGGUCAGGAAAAACGGCACCGUUAUGGGAAGCGUUUCGCUAAAAGAGGACGAAGCGAUUAUUGGAAGCAGUCUUGUUAAAUGUGUAGACAGGUCAUCAGAUAGUUUAUGUCAUAGUGGGGUAACCGAAAUAGGCAAUGAAGACAAGGUAGAAAAGGAAGAACAAGUGCCCCAUUUGGGAAAAAAUAAAAACGUACAGAAGAUAGUAGAAAAAAAAAAAAAAAAUAAUAAUUUUGAGAUGAAAAAUAACCAGAUGACUAAUAUAGAACAAGGACAAAUAUUAAAACCGAAAGACGUUUCGAUAAUAUUGAAUUCUUUGAUAAAACUAGAAUAUUAUGAUAAUGAAACAUUUAACUGUUUAAUUCCAUUUAUAAUAAAUAAUGUAUCGAAAUUUUCCGUUCAAUCUUUAAGUAAUUUAGUUUAUUCCUUUUCAAAAAUUCAAAUAAACAACAACUUGAUGCUAGAUAAAAUUAUUAACGAGUCAGCUAUGAAAAUACAAAAAUUUAAAAAUAUCGAAAUGAGUAACUUAGCUAAUUCGUUGGUAAGGUUAAAUAGGAAGGACAAAACUUUAUUUACAUAUAUCAUUGACGAGUUUUUGUAUAGAGCAACCAUUGGAACAAAAUUUAAAAAUUACAAAUUCGACGUUUUGUCAUUGCAGCAGUUGGCAUAUUCGUUCAGUAGGGUGGGGCUACAGGACCACAAGGUGUACAUCGUUUUGUACAGGCUGUUGGUGAGAAGGGUUAACGAGUCCAAAAAGGAAGCGGAAAAAGAAGCAAAAAUGGAAGUAAAAAUGGGGGGGACGAUUAUGCCAAAAAGAAAAAUUGCAGAGAAUGCGCUUGUACCACAAUCUACAACGGAAGGUGUACAAAAAAAAUGGUCAUAUAAGUUAACCAGUUGCAGUACUUCUACCAUUAGGUCUGUUAUUCAAGGAAGAAAAGAGAGCAAAGAAGCAGUUAUAAAGACGCAGAGACAGGUACAGGCGCAGAAGAAUGCUUCAAGAGAAAACCAUUUUGAUUUUUUUUGUCUGUCAAGUUUUGUACACUCGUAUGGAAAGGCAAGAAUUCAGUAUAAACAAUUUUCUCAUUUUAUUAGUUACAUAAUAAGGAAAAAAAAAAGAAACAACGAAAUUGUUUCUAAUGAAUCAUUAACUAAUUUAAUAUACGGUUUAGUAAAAUUACAAUUUAAAGAUAAAAAGGUCUAUAAAUUAUUGUUAAAGGAAUGUACAGAAAGAAUAGACACGAUUAAAACUUUUCAAAUAAUAUUAUUAUUUUAUUCGUUUAGUAAAUUAAAAAUGUACUCAUACAAAUUUGUUAAGAAAUCUCUUCAAACAUUGAGUAGAAAUAUUCAUCAUUUGAGUUUGUCUGAUUUAUCAUUAACAUGCUAUUCUCUCUCGAACUUCUUAUAUAGGGAUAUUAUAUUUUUAUUUAAAGCUCAUAAAAUGGUUUUACUAAAUAAUAGUAACGAUAUUAAUAAAACCCAUGUAUGUCAACUUUUUAAUUCAUUUACAAAAUUGUGUUUUUAUCAUAAACCCUUUUAUGAUUUUAUUUUUCAAAAAAUUAUUUCCUUUAUACAUGAAUUUAAUGAAAAGGAAUUAACGAAUAUCGUAUUCUCCUUCAUAUACUACUUUCACAUGAACAAGCUGUACCUUGAUCAGGAACAAGAGAAAAAAGUUGCACAUGUGGGGGAGUCGUCCACUGGGUCCAUUACUAUGGUCAGAUAUAGCAAGGAUAGCACGGACGAUGAUAAACACCAAGACGAUUGCGCGGAUGAUGGGAAUGCUUCGAAAAUGGGGUGUAUCAAGAUGGAAGGUGCCAAGAUGGAGGGUGUCAAAUUGUUGGGUGCCAGAUUGCCCGAAGGGAGGAGCGAAAAUUUUUGCCUGACCGGACAAGGUAAAAAUAACGCAAAAAUUAUGAACGUUCAUGCGAUUUUGAAGAAUUCAAUUUCUAAUUAUAAGGUAAAUGGUGAACCUAUCGAAAGGAAGAAUAAAAAAGAGGACAAUUCAAUAAAAGAAGAAAUACUCGAAGAACGUUUUAAAAAUGAGUUAAAUUUAUUUUUUAAUUUAGUUUACAUUUUAAGUGAAAAGUAUCGACAGAAAAUAUCAUUAAUUAGUAUAUACCAGUUACAAAUAGUAGACUUAUAUUUAAGAGCAUUUUUUUCGAAUUAUUUUAAAUUUCCCAUUUAUUUAAAAGUGUUUUUUCUUAAAUGUAGAAAUGUAAAGUUCAAAAUAGAUGAUUAUAUAAUAUUAUCAUCAAAAACGCAUAGAAACAUUUCAAGAUAUUUUAACUUAGUUGGAAUAAAGCAUAGGAGUGAAGUACAGUUCGGACCUUUCCAACUAGACAUUGUUGUUGAUUUUUUACAACACAAUAAGGCAUACACAUAUAAUAACAUUAGUUUUGAUGAAGAAACAAAUACCUCCAAUGGUGGGAAGAUGAACUUAUUUUGUGAAAGCAAAAGGGGGGAGAAGCAGGCAGACAUAGAUAAUGGUAAAGUACAGUAUAACCAGCAGGGGGGCAUAUAUAAUGAUCGAGCACAACGUAAUCAAGUUGCAGUGAAAUUAUUGAAUAAAAAAAUUUUAAUAGAAGUAGAUGGUAUAGCUCAUUUUUACAAAGAAAGCUAUAGUAGAACUAUGAAUUCUAUUAUAAAAGAUUUUAUAUUAAAAAAGUUCGGGUGGUAUAUUAUACAUAUUCCUUAUCAAGAAUGGAAUCAAUGUUUUAAUUUUAAAAAAAAGCUACAAUACUCAGUGCAAAUAUUAAAGCACAUUUUGGACGUGGACAGGGGGGAUACAAAUGUAAAGGGUGGGUUGAAUGUAGUCAUAAACAAGAAUGAUGUGCAGCGGGGAGGGAAAGAAGAACUGCAGGGAAAGCAGGAUGAGUACUCUGAUGAAGCGUGCCAGGAAUCCCAUUCAACCAAAUUAAUACAUAAAAGAGCAUUAAACAGAAAUAUAUAUGAAGAGAUGGGGAACAAUCAAAAUGAAAAACAUAUAAACACGCCCGGUACGACCAUGGAUGAAGCAAAUGAAAAGUCAUUACCUGACUUUUACACAAUAAGCGAAGAAGCUAUAUUUUUUAAUCAAAUAAAAAAUAGGAAUAAGCAUCAACAAGAUAUUAUGAAAAGGCUCAGACAGUCUACAAAGCUCCAGUAUAACUACAAUAUUUCGUGUCGUACUGACUUAUCUUCGAAAAAGGAUCAAACGGAAAAUAGCACUUCGAAUUUAUUAUCGACAGGUGUGGACCAGGGAAGUACGUAUGAUCAGGAUGGAAAAAUAUAA